CGUCAAGCUUGCCGACACUCGACACUUUUCCAUCAUCACCGUCGCUCGUCCAUCGACAUCAGAGUUCCGUGAUCAUCGAGGCUGAAAGCCAGCUCGCCUUGGCAGAUCGGCGAAAAUGCAGGCCAACUACCGGUAUAAUCGCAGUCCGCAGCAGGCGAGACGAGGGCCUGGUCCUAUGGUCGCACCACCACAAGCACACCCACAACAGCAGCAGAUGACCCAGGCGCAACUACAGCAGCAACAUCUCGAAGCGCUUCGUCGCCAAGACCUUGCGCGACGGCAGGCGAGAAAACCAACCGACCGCGAAAUACCCGACGAAGUCAGCGAGGCCGUGGUAGGAGAUGGCGUGGAGCGCUACAAGAAGCUGCGCGAUGCUGAGAAGAGGCUUGACGCGAUCAUGAUGCGCAAGCGACUAGAUAUCAGCGACAAUCUGCAGAGACGAUGGACGCGCCGGGAAGGCACGAUACGUAUCUGGAUUUCCAAUACAGCCGAAGGACAGCCGUGGCAGAUAAUGGAGGAGGGCAACGCGAACGAAGAUGGCAUGUUUGAGCUGGGAGAGAACCAGGCAACCUUCAAAUUGAAGAUCGAGGGCCGACUGAAGGAAGACCCGGAUGAGGACGAGGCAGACAAGCCACCCGCUGGACACCGACCCAGGCUGAGCACAUUCUUCAAAGCCAUCACUAUCGACUUCGAUCGCAAUCCGAAUUUGAAUCCGGAUGGAUACAGCCAGAUUGAAUGGCGCAAGAAGCAAAUGACUCCCGGCCAGCCGCUUGAUCCUACCGAUCGUGAAAACAAUUUCGACCAGAUAGAGUUCACGCGUAAAGCCGACGAGAACAUCAAUAUCACCAUUAAUUUGACGCGCGAUGAGAAGAGCGAGCGCUACAAGCUGAGUCCUGAGCUCGCUGAGAUCUUGGACACAGAUGAAGAAGACCGCGCUGGUGCUGUGCAGGGCAUCUGGGAAUACUGUCGUGCGAUGGGACUGCAGGAGGAUGAUGAUAAGAGAAAAAUUAUCUGCGAUGCGGCGUUGCAAAAGAUCUUUAAGCAAGAGACUGUGUACUUCCCGUACGUGCCGGAUCUUCUGCUGCACCACAUGCAGCCGCUCCCGCCGAUCCAGCUCAAGUACACUAUCCGAGUGGACAAGCCAUACAUUACUGGCACCAAAGACCCCAACUCACCUUCUGCCUUCCUACAAGACGAGGACAGCGAGUCUAAGCCCAACCUGAAACCAUGUCAGCCGACAGUCUACGACAUCCGUGUGCCACUGCCGAAUCCACUGGGACACCAACUCACGCGCUUCCACACGUCGAAGACACAUCUUAACGAUUUGCAGAGUAUUGUUAAGAUUGACGAUGAUCUCGCAUUGCUCGUGCAGAAGAUUCAUCAGACUAAUGCCAAGCGCAAGUUCUACAACAACCUGGCCAAGGACCCAACAUCAUUCGUUAAGCGAUGGAUUAGUAGCCAGCAACGCGACCUGGAGGUGAUUUUGGCCGAAGCCACUCGCGGCGGAGGCGAAGACGCAACCAACGAAGAGUUCCGCCGCGGUGGCAGAGACGGUGUCUGGGGCUCUGAACUGGCACGCGAGAGCGUCGGUCUGUGGCUCGCUCGCAACCAAAAGGCAUCGUAGAGUGAUGCUGCAGGUUUUCUUAACACAACAUCUGUACCUGUUACGGCUUCAGCCCAACAUCCGACGAACUUUGCGGCCGCUCCACCAACGCACGGCAUGCACACAACGAGCGCGCCCGCAGGACCGGCAACGCAAACGCCCACAACAUUGGAUUAUCCUCUAUCGACGGGAACCUUGGCACACGCGGAUAGAUUCCGUCACUAUAUACCAGCAGAGGCACGGCCUCAACCCACUCCCUCGCCAUCAUAUCACCUUCCAGCGUCCUACCAAGGACCAGCUGGAGUGCCUGCAUGGGGCGGCACUCUAUCUGGCGAGUCGAACCAUCCCUCUGCCCCACGCAUGCCAUUGCCAGGCUAUCUUGACUACAACGGCACACCGAAUCAACUCCAGACCCCAGCAUUGCCCAGGUCACAUACAGCACCCAUGACAUUGAAUUCCAUGACUCCAACAUAGAAUCAGGAGGUCCCGAGAGAGGAUUCUUCCACUGCACAGCAGCAGGAUGUUCUGCAUGAGAAUUCUUCAACAGCACAGCGGCAAAUUCUCCCAAAAAAAGGAUUCUGCAAUUCCACAGCAGCAGCAGCAGCAGCAGCAG